CAGGGGGGGGACGGGGAUACCGGGAACAGGGAAUACCGGGCACGGCACGGGCGGGCCGAGGGCCUCUGCGGUCCCCGUCCCCUGACCUCGCACCCCGCUCGGCCCCAGCGCGGCGGCAGAAUGACACGAUGGCCGCAGGCGGGCCCCGGCUGCCGGACACCGUCCUGUUCGAGAUCUUCCUGUACCUGGACCACGCCGACGUGCUCUCGGUGGGGCUCGUGUGCCAGCAGUGGCGCGCCGUGGCCCGCGACGAGUUCCUGUGGAAGGAGCUGUUCUACCGCUACUACCGCGUGUCCCGGGACGUGCCGCGGCACCCGGCUGCUGUCUCCUGGUAUGAUGAGUUCCAGAGGCUCUACGACACCAUCCCUUGCGUGGAGGUGCAGGCCCUGAAGGAGCACAAUGACCAGGUUUUGCACCUCAGCUUCUCGCACUCUGGCUGCCUGUUUGCAUCCUGCUCCAAAGACUGCACAGUCAAGAUCUGGAGCAAUGAGCUGGACAUCUCCCUGCAGCACAGCUCCAACAUGAGACCAUACAACUGGAGCUACACCCAGUUCUCCCAGUUCAACUCCGAUGACUCCCUUCUGCUGGUAUCUGGUGUCUUUGUGGGGCCUCACAACUCCUCCUCAGGGGAGAUCGCUGUGAUCAGCAUGGAGAACUUCACACUGCUUUCCAGGGUGAGGAAUAAACCCUACGAUGUGUUUGGCUGCUGGCUGAAUGAAACCAACUUGAUCUCAGGCAAUCUGCAUCGGAUUGGGCGCAUAACCUCCUGCUCGGUGCUGUGGCUGAACAAUGCUUUCCAGGGCAUCGAGUCUGAGAACGUGAACGUAGUGAAGAGACUGUUCAAAAUCCAGAACCUGAACGCCAGCACCAUCCGGACCGUGAUGGUGGCUGACUGCAGCCGAUACGAUUCCCCGGACCUGCUCCUGGACUACGAGGAGCAGCUUGCUGCUUCCUCCACCUGCCCAGUCUUUGAUCUUGGCAGUGACAGCGAGGAAGAAGAGGCCAAGCCCAAGCAGCCUCCAGAGCCAGCCGUACAGGAAUUGCCGGAUGCCGGGGGUGUGCCGGCACAGGACGGGCUGCAGCAGUUCUUUGAUGAUAUCAUGGGGGGCCACAUGAGGCCUGCCAUGACUGACACAGAGCUGGAGACAAAGGUGGCCGAGCUGUUUGUGCGUAACAGAACUAAACCGCCUGAGCCAAACCUGCUCCCCACGGACAGCAGUAGCAAGACUAAGUACUUAAUCUUCACCACAGGAUGCCUCACCUACUCUCCACACCAAAUAGGGAUUAAAAGGAUCCUGCCCCAUCAGAUGACAACCGCUGGGCCGGUGCUGGGGGAGGAGAGGCGCUCGGAUGAGUUCUUUGACUCCCUGGAUCACGUCAUUGACAUCCAUGGGCACAUCAUCGGCAUGGGCCUGUCCCCUGACCACCGGUACCUGUACGUGAACAGCCGGGCCUGGCCGCGGGACUGCGUCAUCUCUGACCCGAUGCAGCCUCCUCCCAUCGCCGAGGAGAUCGACCUGCACGUGUUCGACCUGAAGACGAUGAAGGAGGUGAAGCGAGCCCUGCGUGCGCACCGGGCCUACACACCCAACGAGGAGUGCUUCUUCAUCUUCCUGGACGUCAGCAGGGACUUUGUGGCAAGCGGGGCAGAGGAUCGACAUGGCUACAUCUGGGACCGGCACUACAACAUCUGCCUGGCCAAGCUGCAGCAUGACAACGUGGUGAACUCGGUGGCAUUCAGCCCGGUGGAGCAGGAGCUGCUGCUGACAGCCAGCGAUGACACCACCAUCAAGGUGUGGCGGUCCCCGCGGGCUGUGCGCAUCCGGCAGGCCAGGAGACCCCGUCCCAGGAAACUGCUCUUCUCCUGGCUCAUGAACCAGAAAAGCUGAACCCAGGUACACCUGCUCCUGCAGCUUCCUCACUGCAGCACCUCCUCUGGAGCUCUCAGAGCCCUGAGCCCUGCACAGAGAUGAGCUCUGGGCACACAAAUCCCAUGGCUGAGCCAGGAGGAGCCCCAGCAGCGGGAAUUGCCUCCUCCUUGGAGCGUCUGCUUCAAAGACAGGACAUAAGAGGCGAGGGGCCUAUUCUGGGCCCACCGGGCAGCAGCUGAGCUGGUCACUGCAAGGUGUGCUCCCCACAGCUUCUCACCAGCGCUGCUGCUUGGGCACAGUUCUCUGGGUGAGCUCUGGGCUUGGAGGACACUGAGGCAUGUCCAGCGUGGGUCUGUGUGAGGUUGGGAUGUGGCUGGCCCUGCCAGGAGCCGCCGGCUGCAGAGCACUUGGCAGGAGCUGUGGUGCAGCUGCACUGCCUGACUUUAACAUAGGUGUUUUAUUGUGUGUUUGUCCAAAACCUCCAUGGGCAACUCAUCUGACUGCUGAGGAAUGUUGAGGGCCUCCUCCCCAUGGUGCCUCUUCCUGGGAGGUGGCAGGAACUGGGGGGCAGUGAGAGGACGGAGGGGAGGCAGGGCUGGGGGCCUGGCUGGCCUCCACUGCCUGUUGAUGCCUCGUUGGGAACUGCGUGUUUAUAUUGCCAGUUUCGAAACUCGGGAGCGGGGAGGGCUGGUGGUAACAUGGUGCUGGCUUUGCCUCUGUCUUCCUCUGCUGAGUAGCACUUCACUAAGCUAUGGAUCAAGAACGUAUUUAUUGUGAGGGAUCUGCUGUCCCAUUCUGGGGCACCCGUGAGGAUGGCUGGUGGGGCUUGUCACCUCCCUCCCAUGCUACCCAAGUUAUGGCACUUUAGCUUCUCUUGGUAAGUUCUCUGUGAAUAGGUGUAGGCACCCACAGGUGCUGCAGGUAUUCAUUCACCUGCAGGUGAUGGGGAUGGAGUCCUCCUGCCUGCAGUGACAGCUGAAUAAGCUCCCUGUCCCUGGGGCUGACCCGCUGUGGGUGGGGGCUCAGCUCCCCCAGGAUCCUGAGGUUGGUGGGGCUGGUGACUUUGAGUGAUUAUGGACUCAGUGGUGUUCACUGUCUGUCCCUGAAGCUUCUCUACCCAUAGCAGGUACCCAAAUGUCAGAGUCUGAAAUGAAGCUCCUAAUCUUGACCUGGCCUAGCCAGAGCUCCCAGGAGCUGCUGUCACUCCUGAGAGUGGGGCUGUGAAGAAGCUGCAGCCCAGGCAAGGGGAGGUGUUUCAGGGCCCCCCUUGGGAGCCCCCAGCACAGCCUGGGGUUACAGAUAGACCUGACAGAGGUGGCAGCUCCUGUCAUGAUGGCACUGAUGGCUUUAGCAGUCCCUGCAGCAGGAGGGUCGGCAGCCACAUUCUGCUGUGCCCCAGCUUCUUCCAAAACCCCUGUACUCAGGUUUUCUGUCAUGAAUCAAGGGGUUCCUUCCUCUGUGUGUGUGUGUGUGUGUGUGCACGCACAGGCUCCACAUCCUGCUCUGUGCAGUCACACAGUGAAGGAACGGCCUUUACCUUCUCCUCUCCCAACUGUGAACUCUCCACCCAUGGCUUGGUGCAGCAGCGAGUGAGGCACCAAGGGGUUGUUUGUACUGAGUUUUGCUCUUCACUCUGGCAUUGAAUAAAUACUCUGCUAAAGCA